UUGUUUCUUUAAGUUAUUGUUAUUUAUUAUUAUAAGCUUCUUGUUAGGCUUUGCGUACUUUACAAGGACUGUAGAGCGUGGCGUUAGACUUGUACUUCUUAUCCUGCUGCAAGUUAAGAGUCCUCUGUUUCUUUUUUAAGGGGUUUAAGCGUGCAAUUGUACUGCAGAGUCUGUUGUUUUUAGUCUCUAGAAGCACGUUUUAAGCAGAGAUGUGGUGGAGAGUCUGCCUUAAUUGCUUUGCUGCCUUAGAGUUGUCCUCCGCUAUAACAGACUUGAAGAGCUGGUUAAUUGAUCGCCAAUUGUUACUAGCAAUAGCUAGAGGUGUACUUAGCUCGCUGUUGCCUUGUUGCUCAAAUUGCUUAAGUAUAACGCUUAGAUUCUGUGGAAAGAUGCCUGUGUUGACGAAGGAGCUGAGUAUAAGUUCUGGUCAGAAAGUAGACUCCCACGCCUUAUAGAAUAGGCGAAAGAAGUCGCUCUUAUGCACCCCUAACAAGCCUUGGCUAUUGUGAAGGUGCGAUACAGCGGCGGCAGAGUACUGAGUAGCAAGAGGAGCAAACAG